AUGUCUUUCAAAAGCAUCGUGCGUGAGCUGAAGGAGAUGAAAGAUGGGAUUGGGAGCAUGUCCCGAAGAGGGUUUGAAGGAAAACACUGGCGAGGCAGGACAAGGUCGUUUGUAGCUCCUGAUGUGGCUCCCUGUGAGCCGAUCGAGCAAGGGCAGUGGGCGAAUUUGCCACCAGAGUUGCUUUUGGACAUAAUUCGAAGAGUGGAGGAAAGUGAGACGGCCUGGCCCGCCCGGACAGUGGUUGUCUUUUGCGCGUCAGUUUGUAGGUCUUGGAGGGAUAUUACCAAAGAAAUUGUUAAAACUCCCGAGGAGUGUGGGAGGCUCACGUUUCCCAUUUCUUUAAAGCAGCCUGGGCCUCGGAAUGCUCCUAUCCAGUGCUUUAUCAAGAGGGAUAGGGCAACCUCUACAUACCGCCUGUACUUUGGACUCGUUCCAUCCGAGGACGAGAACGACAAACUAUUACUUGCCGCCAAGCGCAUCAGAAGGCCGACAAGCACCGAUUUUAUCAUUUCUCUGGUUGCUGACGACUUCUCUCGAGCCAGCAACACUUUUGUUGGAAAACUCAGGUCUAAUUUCCUAGGGACCAAGUUCACCAUAUACGACAGCCAGCCCCCGAAUGCCGAUUCGGCAGCCGCCUUCCGCCAGUCCCGGAGGUUCAGUGCCAGCCAGGUCUCCCCCAGGCUCCCUGCCUACAACUACGCUGUGGCAACCGUCUGCUACGAGCUCAACGUACUCCGCACUCGCGGGCCCCGCCGCAUGCGCUGCACGAUGCACUCAAUCCCUACCUCCUCCGUCCUGGCGGGGGGCACGGCCCCCACCCCCAUGUCCUUCCCUCACCCUCCACGGCCAGCGUCUCUUCCGCCUGCUGGCUCUUCCAAACGGGCGGAAAAGGAUGGUUCUGACUCGGCGGAGCUUGUGUUGCGUAACAAAGCCCCAAGGUGGCACGAGCAGCUGCAAUGCUGGUGCCUUAACUUCAAGGGCCGUGUGACCGUGGCCUCUGUUAAGAACUUCCAGCUCGUGGCUGCAGUGGACCCAGCAGCUGACGUGCCGGCUGGGGAGCAGGAGAAGGUGAUAUUGCAAUUCGGGAAGAUUGGGAAGGACAUGUUCACCAUGGAUUACAGGUAUCCGCUGUCGGCUUUUCAGGCCUUCUCCAUCUGCUUGAGCAGCUUUGACACUAAGCCUGCAUGCGAAUGA